GGCAAGUCGAGCACGACAUCUACAUUAACUACACUGCAUAAAUACUAGUGUACUGAAACGUCCCUUUUCCAAUCCGCUAGCUAUCACAAACGUAACCAUCACCACGUUACAAAAUGUCGUCUCCAACUACCCCGCUUGUUGAUCACAUCGUGAUCCUGAUCCCAUAUUCUUUCCUCUCCGCCCCGCCCUCCUGGUUUGCAGACUUAUUCCACUUCUACCCCGGCGGCCGGCACUCCGACGGGCUGACCGAGAAUACCCUCGUGUUGCUAGCCGACGGCUCGUACCUCGAGUUCAUCGCCUUCGUGCCCGGGGUCGACCCGGCGAAGCGCGCUGCGCACCAGUGGGGCAAGAAGAAGGAGGGUACGGUUGUGGAUUGGGCGGUUACUCUGCCGUCUUCGUCUUCCCCAUCCUCCGCAGAAGAGGAAGCGAGGUUCCUAGAGCAGGAAAAAAAGUUCCGCGAGAUCCAGAAGAGGGUCCGCGAUGCGAAUGCCGGGAUCGUGUAUGGAGACCUACGGCGUGGAGGGAGGACUCGGCCGGAUGGCGAGGUGUUGAAGUGGGCGGUUGCGUUCCCGAAGCACGAUGAUGGGGAUCCGGUUGAGCCGGGGACUGUGCCGUUUUGGUGCUUGGAUAUUACGGCCCGGGGCUUGCGGGUGCCGUAUACUGAUCCGGGAGUCACGAAGCAUCCGAUUGGCGCGGUUGGAGUUGCGAAGGUUGAGGUUCUGCCUGAGAACCGGAAGACUGUUGAGAGUGCGAGGGUUGUCUACGAUACUAUCCUUGAUACUAAGGGGACUGCGGAAAUUGGAAAGUCGUGGAGGAUCGGAAAUCCGGUUGGCGAGAAGGUUCAUUCCGGAGGGGUUGUUCGUCUGGAUGCUUCGGAUGGACCAGCUACGGUUAACAUAUCGUUCUUCACGGAUGAUCUAGGUCUGGUUGGGAAAUCAGUGGGAGGUAAGGUUGAUGAGGAUCAUAGCCUUACGUUCCACUUGGUGGCUGCGUUUGAUGGAAAGGUGUAAUAUUAAUAGAUCAUAGGUCACGUAAGACUUAUAAAUGAUAGUAGGAUGUGAAUGUAUGUAAUCCGUACAUUCCAAAGUUCUAAAGAUGUCUAGAGGAUUUAGGCACUGAUGUAAAUACUACUUCCUAAGACUACCUAUGCGGUAGGGUAGCCCUAUGUCCUCGGG